UUAGUUGGUUACUUUAUUAAUUACAUUACUUAAUGGAAUAUCAGAGUCCGUACAUGAACGUCCCCAGUCGAAUGACGUGAGCGCCGGUGGCGCCGCAACGGCAACCAGAACGAACUAACAACAGUAGACAAAAAUCGCUCGACAGAUUAGUGAGGUCGGCUGAGUUUUCUCGCGUUUUUCACGAAAAUGGCUAACAAUAUCAAGCCGAUGCACAAAAGCAAACAUUUUCCGAUAGACCAACUCGUGUGUGUUGGUAAUUACGAGUUAGAGAAAACAAUCGGUACAGGGAAUUUCGCUGUUGUAAAACUGGCUACACAUGUUAUUACUAAGAGUAAGGUUGCAAUAAAAAUAAUAGACAAAUCUAGGUUAGACGAAGACAAUUUAAAGAAAACGUUCAGAGAAAUCGCCAUUAUGAAGAGACUGAGGCAUCCACAUAUAGUCAGGUUAUAUCAGGUUAUGGAAAGCAGCCACACAAUAUAUUUAGUGACAGAAUACGCGCCAAAUGGUGAAAUAUUUGACCAUCUAGUCUCCAGAGGCCGCAUGCCAGAAUCAGAAGCGGCGAGGUCCUUCGCCCAAAUGGUGGCCGCUGUCGGGUACUGCCACGCAAAUGGAGUCGUCCACAGGGAUCUAAAGGCCGAGAACUUACUACUAGAUAGGGAUAUGAAUAUAAAGCUGGCAGAUUUUGGGUUCAGUAACGAAUAUACAUCGGGGUCUCCGCUCGCGACGUGGUGCGGCAGUCCGCCUUAUGCAGCGCCAGAACUCUUCGAGGGGCGGCAGUAUGAUGGACCGAAAGCCGAUAUUUGGUCGCUGGGCGUGGUGCUGUACGUGCUGGUAUGCGGCGCGCUGCCCUUUGACGGCGGCACGCUGCACGAGCUACGUCAGGUCGUGCUCAGCGGGAAAUUUCGCAUACCCUACUUCAUGUCCCAAGACUGCGAGCACCUGAUCCGGCACAUGCUGGUGGUAGAGCCCGAGAAGCGGCUGUCGCUGCGCGGCGUGGCGCGCCACCGCUGGCUCGCCAAGCAGCCCGCGCCGCACUACGAUAUCGCGCAGGGGGAGUGCGCGUGCCACGGCGCGUGGAGCGAGACGGGCGCGGGCGCGGAAGCGGAAGCGGGCGCGGCGGCGGGCGGCGGAAGGCAGUCGGCCAGCAGCCAGCACGACACCGUGCUGGCGCAUAUGCUCACGCUGCCCGGCCUCACCGACCACCACAUACACCAGAGCGUGCAAGAGGAGCGUUUCGACCACAUCUCGGCCAUCUACCACCUGCUGAUGGACAAGCUGCAGCAACGCUCCAGCGCCAGGAACAGUCUGCAGCACAGAGAUUCCUUGGACUCGACCACCGGCCAGCCGUUAGAUCUCACUAGUUGUAAGAGCACAGAGGACGAGCAGAUGGACGCGGAGGAGGCUUCUUCCCAAGAGUGCCUGGUCUCCAUCCCGUGCGCCACGGACUACCUCGCAGACGCGGCCGACAGCCUCGAAAAGUUCGACGAGGGCGGCGCGGCGGCGGAGGAGCGGCGGCCGGCGGCGCCGCAGCCCGCCGCGCCGGCGCCGCGCCGCCACACCGUCGGGCCCGGCGACUGCCGCCACGCGCAGGGCGGCGAGCUGGGCGCGGCGUCGGCCGACCUGCGCGCGGCGCCGCUGUACGUGUCCGCGCACUUCAACCAGCAGUCGUCGGCGAAGGUGUCGCUGCUGCCGAACACGAACCUGGCGGCCAAGCUGCCGGCCGUGCAGCACCAGCCGCCGCGCUACUUCAGCGUCAAGGACCAGCACCUGCUCAAGCCGCCGCACGCUAUGCAGACGCACGCGUCGUCGUUCGGGCGGCGCGCGUCCGACGGCGGCGCGCACGUGGCGCGCGGCCGCGAGCGCGCCUGCUGCCGCUCCGCGCCGCCGCACCACGUGUCGGACAGCGGGGCAGGCAGCCGGUCGCCCGGAGACGGUCCGGACGAGCAGGCCAGCGACGCCGCCUACGACACUACACUCUGCAGGUACAUGCUGAACCGCGGCAGCAGCAAGCGGCACACGAUGGCGACGCCCGAGGACGCGGCCAACGUGGCCACCUCCUGCGCCGCCGGCUCCAUGCCAAACACAUCGCCGUCGUCCACCACGAGCCUGCGCGUGCGCAGGACCGGCCUGCUCACCGUGACCGAACGGCCGCCCGUUAUAAGUCCGGAAUUAGUAAUGGAGGUCGAAGCCCGAAUGAAGAGGAAUUACCUACCUCCAUCUAUACAAGGCCAAUACCAAAGCCCACCUACUCCCACUGGGACGCAAAACGUACCUCAGAGCCCUACACAGGGAUCGAUAACCGCCGGUACCCCAAAUUAUCAAAACCAAAACCAGAUAAGCCUAAAGCCGCUUUUAGAAACUAUACCCCAAGGCAACAUAAUGGGGGGUACCCCCAUCGCUAGUCAAACGCUAUCAUUAGGUCAAUAUUCAAGUUCUGGUGGCCAAAAUAUGGCCACUGGUUCAAUUACGAGCGGCACUUCGCUGGGAAGUCAAAACCAAGGGCCAAUGACAGCUGUUAGCCAAAUGGAUUCCCAAAAUCAAGUCUCAAUUAUGCCUGGAAUGUCAAUGAGUCACCAAACGCAGGGUUCUAUUUUAUCUGGCACCCCAAACCAAGGUUCCAUUACGUCUGGUACCCCAUUGAAUACACAAAAUCCAGGUGGUUCGAUUAUGUCUGGAACUCCAAUAAACACUCAAAACCAAGGUUCGAUUGUGACUGGAACCCCAUUGAGUACCCAAAAUCAAGGUUCGAUUAUGUCUGGAACCCCAUUGAACACUCAAAACCAAGGUUCAAUUAUGUCUGGAACUCCAAUAAAUAACCAAACGCAAGGUUCUAUCGUAUCUGGAAUACCAAUAAGCGGAAAAAGUCAGGGAUCAAUGGUUUCUGAGACACAAAUAGCAUCACAAAAUCAAGGCUCUAUAAUGUCUGGUACCCCCAUGAAUUCCAAUAAUAAUUUUGGCACCAAUACAACUUUUGGAAGUAUUACACCAGGAAUGAAUGUAGGAACCAAUACCAACUUUGGGAAUGCGCCUAACUAUGGUACUAAUAUGAAUAGUAACAACAAUUUUAAUACAAAUACCAAUUAUGGUUCGAUAACGUCGGGUACCCCAAUAAAUACAUAUCAAGGCCAAGGAUCUAUAACCAGUGGUACCCCGGUACCCAGCGGGGCCACAUUUCAAACACCUAGCACCAGUUACAAUCAAGGCCAGUACACGCGGCAGCGAAAAUAUUCCGGACCUCAGAGAGUCAAACUACAAAUGCUAGCAACUGUCCAGGAAAUGGCGCGCGAGCACGCGGAGCGGUACUCGCCGGUGCGGCGCGCCGAGAGCUCGCCGCCGCGCGCGCUGCACGACCUGGCGUCCGCGCGCCUCGAGUACCGCCAACUGCAGCGCGGCCUCGAGCGGCGCGGCGCCGGCGCUGGCGCCGCCUCGCCCGCCGCCAGCCUGCCCGGUGAGCCGCCCGCGCCCGCGUCCGCGCCCGCGCCCGCCGAGCGCCCGCGCCCGCGCCCGCCCGCUGACCGUGUGCGCUGUGCAGGCUCGCCGAUCCACGCGGCCGCGGCGCCGCUGGAGCUGGCCGCGCUGUCGGCGGAGGCGGCGCGCGCGCUGCUGUGCGCGCUGCCCGAGCCGCUGGCGCAGGAGCUGCUGCGCACGCGGCUGCUCACGCAGGACAUCGCGCUGAAGCUCGGCAUAAACCUCCACACGCUGUACCUGCCGCACGUGAACGUCUCGCAGGAAAUCUUGAAGGCGCUGUCGUUCGGUGGCUACGCGCUCCUGUCGGGCCAUACGUCGCCCGCGAGUCCGGGCUCGCCGCUCCACCAGAUCACCGAGGGCCUGAGCUACCUGCACACGGGCUCCAUAACUAGAGGCACCCCGCAGCCGAGCGCCACUCCGUUGGACCUCCGCAGCAACGUCGAAAUGGACACGGGGCAAGCCUACCCUCAGCUCCAUCCCAUGGUGCAUCCCCAGAUCCACAUGGUCACGCAUCGGUCGCUGAACAACUCUCCGAUUUCUAACCCGGGGUCCCCCCUGGACAUGAUCCAGGAGGAGAUAGGCAACGGAAGUAUUGACGCGAGAAAUUUCCAGGACGGCAGGAACUUGCAGUUCCAGAAUUACGUUUCCACACACCCGCAAAUAAGUCUGACCGACUGCUUAGGGUCGGAGAUAACGUUAGUUGCUUCCUCGUCGGAGGACAGCAUGGAUAGCCUAGAAAAUAAUAUGAAGUAUUCGUUGCCUCAGUUCGUAAUAUCGGAGCCGUCCGACCUGGACGACCGGCCGUCGAUCACGAAGGGUAUCGGCAGGAAGGUGAGCCAGGAGACGGAGCCACCGCCCCCUAUCGAGCUACCCAGAGAAAUAGAGUCGGAUAAGGAUGCGGAGAUGCAGUCGCCCAAGGAGGAAGACACUAGCAAGUUUCUGAGCGAGGAGCUCAAGUACCCGAGGCGGGGGAGCGACAAGUCGCUUGGAUUCAGUGACGAUUCAUUAAGUAACGACUCGGCCAAUGCGUCGCCGAACUGCGAACACAACGUCCAGUCGAUAUAUUCGAAUAUAGUCUCGAUCAGUUCGGGAUUUAGCGAAAACCGAGGCAGCUUUUCGGAACAUCGAGAAUCGUUCUCCUUUUCAGAUCGGGGUAGUUUUUCAGAGCGAGGCGAUUACGGCAGGUCAUCAUUUUCGGAGCGGAGCGAUUUCGGCCGCGGGAGUUUCUCAGAGAAAGGUGAAACUCCUAGGUCCUCUUUCUCCGCCCAGGGAACUCUCGGUGAAGUGAAAGAGUACUACGAAGAUGUGUACAUGCCCAGAGACAAUAGUAGGCACUGUUUAGAGAAAUGCGACGAGGAAGGUCAGGAGAAUGAGGACAUUGAUAAACUGCAACGAUCCACUAUGGAUCUGCGUUUGACCGAUAUCUGUAGACCUGAAGAGCAAAAAAUCCCUAUACUGCUCAGCCCACAGAAAGUGUCCUGCGUGCAGGAGUACUACGAGGUUAGUCUGUCGACAGUCUGCUCAAAGCUGGACUCGCAGAGAAUUGUUGAAUUGCUAAAAGAGGCGAUCAACACGAGGGUCCCGCCACAAAAUAUAUUUGUAGAAACGAAUGACCAAACAGACGGCGACGACGCGGAAUCAUUAACAGGAUUCCUAAAUUUAGAAUACUCUGGUGGAAUCCAAAUCGAGCUAGUGGUUUGUGAGAAUAAGUUGAAAGAGAAAAAAGGUCUCAAAAUGAGGCGGAUAUCGGGAGACCAGAGGGAGUAUGGGAAACUCUGUCAGCAGUUAAUAACAAGUUUGACAGUCUAAUUUGACAGUUAAUGUCAAUUUGAUACCAAAACAUUCUGGUUCUAGAUAUUUGAUAAAUUCGUGGUAUAUCAAAAGGGUUUAUCAUUAUCGACUACAAAAUUUUUCACAUUGAAAAAUUUUAUAACUUAGCAUUCGCAUAUGUCUAAAACCAGCUUUAUUCUACUAGAUAGCUUUCAAUUUUGCAUGUCAAAGUACUCGUACAUGAUCAAUGGUAUUUUGACAACCUGUUGACAGCUGUCAAAGUAACGUCAAUUCAAUACCAAAAAAGCUAAUGUCAAUAUAGUAUUCCUACGAUUCCUGAUUUAGUAAAUUGUAUAUUUGAUACGUAGUACAUUAAGAUUCGACUAGAGUUGCCAUCUGGACUUCGUAAGCUGUACCGAUCGCCCCCAGCCCCUCCCUCAUCAUAGGAUCCCACUGUUGGACAAGUGUCUCCCUUCUCUCAUUCCACUGUUCUUACCCAUGUGCUUUUAAAAGGCCUAAUUAGAUAGGAAUUACAAUCUCUAAAAUCUUCUGUCCAGUUUUGUGGUGUUACAUUAUAGAUACAAAAUCAUAAGGUGAAAAUAUAAUGUGAAAACUGGACAAGAGGCGGCGACAUUGUCAUUCUUAGCCGGAAGGCCCUCGCCUUGCUCCCGUCAACUCAGACUUACUAUCCACUCGUCUGUUGCCAACUCUUCUACCACCCACAGCUAUUUGAACUAGAAAUUUUACAAAAAAAUAUUAAAUUCUAGCUUUUAAAGUGAACGACUAGUAUGAUGUGCAUUUAUUAAUUGAGAUAUCAAUUCGUCCAUUCCUAUAUACAAAUUGUAUGUAAAUUCCUUUAUAUAUAUAUGUAAUAUGAUUUUUAUAUAAUAAACAUUGAGUGUUUGGUCAAGCAAUAAUUUAGAAAUAGUGAUCUAUUUCGAAAUAGUCUGACGAUUUAACCUUAUCUCUUUAUAUUAUAUAUAGGAAUAUAUAUUAGAAAGAUAUUUCGUUCGCAUGUUAUGUUUUGAACAAUGUAAAUAAUACCAAAAUGUACACUAAUGAUUAAAUCUCUUGUUAAAUUUGUUUUGUUUUUAUGUCUGUUUAAAUUUUAAUAUAAAAUUAGAAAAUAUAGUAAAUUAAAUGUGAUAUACUUAUUAACGACUUCGAAAUAUGUUGUAUGUAACAUGUGAAAUAUAAUAUAAUAAUAUGUUAUGUCUACAAUACACUGGAUAUAGAUUGUCUAUGACAACAUGGCGCGCACAUCCGAAAUCAAAAGAGAUUUCACGAGUAACGACAACAAAUAAAGUUGAAAUUUUUGACUUUUGAAACAAAUUCUUUCUUUUUCAUGAGAUACUUAUAUUAAUCAUGACUCUUAAUGAAAAAUUAUGAAGAGAAAAUGUUGGAAGUAUUUUAUAUUUUUUUAUCCUAUUUAAGAGCUGCGCUCUUGUCGGUGGAGCUCUUGCCACUCGGUACGAUUGUCAGCAAGUCUCUUCACCUCUUGAUACGACACGAGAUCAAUUCUUUCCUUGAUCUGCCUGAUGUAACUAUGCCUUGGAGAAGGGGAAGACCCCUUCCCCUCAUUUUCCCAUCUUACUUUCUGUUAUAAUGUUCAUAAGUUCGUCUUGUCGUAUCAAGUGUCCCAACAUUUUUUCCCUUCUGACCUCAAUUGACUGUAUUUUAUAUUGCAGUUGCCAAAUUAUAAAAUUUGCAACUAAAUUAAAUUAAAAUGUAAAUUGAGCACAAAACUAAAUACUAAUAAAUGUAUAUUAAAAAUACUUAAAAACUGAAUGUGUAGGCGAUGUAUUAAAUAAAAAGUGAUAAAACAGUUUUGUAAAAUGUUUAUUGAAUAAGGAGAUUUAGUGCUCAAGUCGAGAGUGAGGUGGACGACUAAGAUGAACACCAAGUAGUAUUAAAACGAACAUGAAAAAGGGCGAACAUAGUGCAUGCCUUUUUUACGUGUACAUAAUUUAUAAACUUUUUUUUGCAAUGAGUACAUUCAAAUCACCUUGCAAAGAAAUAUAUAAGAUUGUCCGUCUCGGACGGCUGUUGGUUCAUUCAUAGAACAUUAUCUCUCUACUGGAUUCACUACUGAAGACAUUUCCUUAUAAACUAUCUAUAUAUAUGUCAUACACGUCCAAGUAAAAAGUUGGAGGGGCAUGCCACGUUGACGUAGAUAAUUUAUUGUUUAGUCAAAGCUGACACAGUACAUGUUAUUACUGGUUUUACAUAUUAAAAUAAUAUCGUUCUGAAAUUUUUAUUGCUCUGUGAAACAGUCCUGCCGUAUAAAAUGGACAAGUGCUAAGUUUUAUAGUAUUCCUUUAUUGACAAUAAAUGUUUUCGCGUAAUAUUUUGCCGCAUCUCAAUAUAAUAUGUACCAAAAUUGUCCUAUUAAAAAUUGUUAUUUAUUUUUGUUACUCGAUUAUUUUUAUUAUUAUUAAAUUUGGUGACAGAACCAGGAAGCUCUGUGCCUGUCCGUAUGUAUCAUUGGUAAGGUUUUCACCUUUAUAUUUAUGAAAAAAAAUUCCAUAAUAGACUUAUAAACUAUUCUUUUAAUAAACAUCAAGAAAUGGCGCUAGUGAGGCGAUUAUAAUGAUAUGUUUCAUUAUAAAGAGAAUAUAAAAAAAAUAAAAAUAAAUAACCAUUCUAUUAAUUAUUAUAUUCCAAAACUAUUUCGCAUCACUAGUGACAUCUCUUGGCGUUUUCGAAUUAUAAUACUAACACUCGAUCCGUCAUUCCAUAAAUCUUUGAAUGUAAACGAAGUGGACGUACGCUGGAUCCUGCUGAGAACGAUUCGAUUCGAAUUUAAAUCGCUACUUUGUUAUGUCCGUCAUAAAAUUUUAUAUAUUGCAUGCAGAUAUCGUUGGCGAACCGUAACUAGCUAUAGAAUACGGCGAUUCGUAGCGGCCGUAUCGAAUUGUGAUUAGUCAAAAUAAAUAUGUUAAUAUUAAAAUGUAUAUAUAAAAUAUAUUGUAUAUCAAAUUUUCCGACAUCUGUGCGCAUAUCUGUAUAGUACGUAUGUUAUUUAUUCCAAAUAAAGUCUAGGUGAUAAUUCCAUUCUAGUAAUAGAUGAGGUUAGGUAAUUGUAAAUAAUUAGUCUAAGUUAAUGUUGGUUACAUUACACUAUUCUGUGGACGCAGUCGGGUAAAGCUGUGUUUGGUGUACUGGUGUGUUGUUUUUGUUACCAAAUUGUUUUAACAUUAUUUCUAGUGCAUCAUUUAUAAGCAAAAUCGAGAAUUUACAGAUUUGCUAUUUGAAAAUUCCUCCCUCUAAAGCCAGUCCUCAUAGGUAAAGUAUUUUUUUUUUUUAUUAAAUUACUUUUUACUAUUACUAAAAUACACAAACUUUUUUUUUUUUAAGAAUAGAAAAACAACAUACAAAUGAAGGCACCGGACACGGCCUGUGCGGUACAGCCGUAUGUAAGACACGCGAGGUUGUAAAGCAUCGUACGGGGUAUUCUGGUGUGCGGGAGAGACGGCACGUGUUGUUAUCUCACUUGUAUAAUGUUUUUAUGUUGCCAAGUCUUUUUGUAACCCUUUCGUAUUACAGUCAAAACUAAAAUGGAUCAUACAAUAUAUUGUAAAAUAUAUUGUUUAAUUUAAAAAUAAAUUAAAUGCUGUUUUCGCUACAGCCAUCUCUGUCGCACACUAUGUAGACAAUUAGCCUAGAUACUGUAUUGCCAUAAGUAUGUAGAACCAAGUUAUAAAAAUUUACGAUCUUGUAAAUAUAAUUUUAAUAAAAACGAUCCCGAAUCCAAUAA